AUGGUUAAUCGUCCUGACAAAAGGCUGGGAGUAAGAGAAGGGAGAUCAACAAUGGAGGAAGACUCUCUUGCCAUGAAUGGUGGAGAUGGCCCAAACAGCUACUCUCAAAACUGUAAGUACCAGGUUGCGUUUUUCCCUCCCCAUAUGUUCCCUGGAGCGGCAUCAGAUCAAACAAAGCUCUUGCUAAUGCAUAGCAUUGAAGAAAAGCUGAUGAUUCCACCGGCUAAUGCUGCUUGGCAAGUCUUCCGCAUCGCCGAUCUCGGGUGUUCGGUUGGACCAAACACCUUCACCUCCAUGCAGACCAUAAUCGACACAAUAAACCUUGCAUACGUGAACGCGAGCCUAGGAUCCGAUCAGAUACCCGAGUUCCAAGUGUUCUUCAAUGACCAAACCAUCAAUGACUUCAACACCCCCUUCCGAGCUCUUCCACCCAAUCGCCCUUAUAUGGGGGCAGGAGUUUCGGGGUCCUUCCAUGGCCGGCUGUUCCCGGCAGCUUCAAUGAAUUUGAUGCACUCAGCUUUCGCGCUUCCCUGGCUGACCAAGGUUCCUGAGGAAGUGAAGAAGGUCAGUUCCCACGCAUGGAACGGAGGAAGGAUCCCAUACGCCGGCAGUUCUCAUCGAGUCGCCGAAGCCUUUGCUAGUUAGUUUCAGAGGGAUGUGGAGGAGUUCUUCGAAGUGAGAUCGAAGGAGAUGGCGGAGGACGGGCCGCUGGUAAUUCUGAUGCCAUGUCGGCUGGAUGGCAUAGUGGCUUCUGAGUUCAUGCUUGUGCAUGUGUUGGCGUGUUUGGGAA